CAAAAAGCACCCCCCCCCCUCCUUUUUUUCUUUAUCCCUCGAUUGCAUCUUUUAUUUCUCCCCCCUGCUUUCUUAUCCUCAGACAAGCCUCUCUAACUCACAGUUCUGAAGGAACACUCAGCUCGGUGCUGUGAUUUUGUCUCCAUUCUGAGGGUUCUGUGUGUACUCUAAACUAGGGAUUUCUCCCAUUCUUUAACCUGCAUUCACACAGCCAUGGGAGGGCAGAGUCUACUCUUCAUCUUUUCCCUCAUCUUCCUCAUCCCGUCAUUCUCUGAGGCAAAAAAGAAGUCCAAGCAGCCAUCAGAUGCAGUGACUGGAUCAGAGAGUAAGGCAGUAAAUCCCGCGCUGGGGUCAGGUCAACUAAGCACUAAGGAUGGGCACCGCUGCACCUGGGAGACGCUAGAGAGAGGAGCUAACAUCCUGCUCCAGGUGAGUUGCACCGUCCCAAAUGAGGAGGGGCUCGGACCUCACUACACAUGCCAGUUUGCAGGAAAACCUCAGGAAUGCUCCGUCUACAGCACUCAGUCCUCCCAGUACUGGAAACAGGUGGUGAGCAAACUGAAGAAACGAAAGAAUGCUUGUGAGGGGGAGAAAGUCCUGAAAACACGCCUGUGUAAAAAAGCACCCAGUGCAUCUCACAUGAAACUCACAGAGAGAAGCAGAGAAGAGACCACCACGCACAUGAGCAAGGGAAUGCCACGGAAAACGGAGGCACCUGUAAGGAAAGAAAAAGUAGUACAGAAAGAGAAGGAAGGGGAGGUGAAGAAAGAAGAGGAUGAGGGCUUCGGAGAAGUAGUGAAUGAUGGAUUCUCAGACAUGGAGCCCGCUGUGAGCUACUGUGGAGAUGGAUGGCAUUCUGUCUGCAACUUCUUUGUCAAGUUUUUGGAUGGUUAAAAAGAGAAACAUCUGCUAUCAUUGCUUUCUCUGACCCAGGGGAGGAUAAUAAUGUUGUUGCAUGUGGAAAAGACCGAAAAACAAACAUGUCGGGUGUCAAAAAUACGUCUAAGCAAAAGUUCAUCAUCUAGUUCGACAUCAUGGAUAAAAAAAUCCUGUUGAGAAGAGGAAGACAAAUAGGCAAAGUAGUUUAUGUAUAAUAUUUAACAAACACACUAAUCAAAAUAACUAUGAUCUUACAAUUAAUUACUUUAUACUGUAUAUAUUCGAAAUAAACCUGAUUGAACUUUUUAUAGAUAUUAAUAAUUGUAUUUUG